AUGGCUCCUGUUCCGAUUUAUGUCAAAGGUGGUAUUUGGACGAACCUUGAGGAUCAAAUAUUAAAGGCGGCUGUUCAAAAAUAUGGAACACAUGCAUGGAGUAAAGUAGCUUCGCUUCUACAGAAGAAGAAUGCCAGGCAAUGUCAAUCUCGUUGGAAUGAAUUUUUGAAUCCCAGUCUAAACUUCAAACCAUUCAGCCAGCAGGAAGAUGAUAAACUACUAGAUUUAGCGAAAAGAAUUCCAAACCAAUGGAAAAGCAUCGGAGAAAUGAUGGGUAGACCUGCUCAAACAUGUAUCGACAGAUAUAAUAUCCUCCUGGCGAUUGAUAAGGAUGAUUUAGAGCUUGCAGCAACUACAGGGGUACAGAUCGGUGAGAUCAACCCAAAUAACGAAAGCUUACCAGCCAAGGCUGAUAAAGAUGAGCUACUUGACGAGGAGAGAGAAAUGUUGGCGGAAGCUCGUGCCAGGCUAUUAAACACUCAGGGUAAAAAGGCUACUCGUAAGAUAAGAGAACGUAUGCUAGAAGAAAGUAAGCGUGUUGCAUUCUUACAGAAGCGUAGAGAGUUGAAACAAGCGGGCGUUGAUAGUAAAAUCAAAGCUCCCAGGAAGAAAUAUUCUUCGCAGAUGGAUUACAACGAGGAUAUUGCGUAUGAACAGCAACCACUACCGGGUAUAUACGAUACCUCAAAGGAGGAUGAACAGACUGAGAAGCUACUCAAGAGUUUUGAGAAAUUGGUAGAAAGGAAAGGUUUACUUGACAGGAAAUCUGAUGAAAAGAAAACCAUACCACAAAAGAGAAGGCAAGGCGAACAAAUAACGUCAUCAGUAACAAAAUUAGAUUCUGUACUAACUGAUGAGUACAAGAAACCUAAACUUGAGCUUACUCCUGCUACUUUAAAAGGAUCAAAACGGAAGAUAAACAAAACAACAUCUAUACUUCAUUUAUUUGAAUCAUUGCCUUCUCCUAAGAACGAUUUUGAAAUUGUAUUGGAUGAUUUAGAUGAAGAAAUGGAAUCCACUGAUGCUUUUAAUACUGAAAGUUCGUAUGUUAAUGGUAAAUAUCCCCUAGAAGCCUUAAUAUCUUCCACGGAACAUCAAUCGGAAAACAAGGCAAUGGAAAUAAUGGAAUACAUACCGACAGUAUUCCAAAUAAAAACAGAAUUACAGGUACCCAGUCCGAUAGUAGAUCCAAAGAAUGAAAUUGACCGUGAAUUGAAUCGUAUAAUCUCAGCAAAGGAGAAUGGUAACCCCAUUUACAAUUCCACGGAAGUAAACAAUUACUUAGAAGAGAUCAUUAAUUCUGCAUCCACCACCGAAGUGCCCAGCACUGUCUUACAUCCCAAGUUGGAAACUAGCUUAAAAACUAUAACACCGGCUACGGAGCACGAACUGCUCGGCAUGGAACGAAAAGUGCAUGAACUGCGAACAGCGCUUGAGGAUUCCGUCAAGUCUCACAGAGAGGCUGUUUCACAACUUUCACAAGAUUUUGAAGAAAAACUACAUCCGACAGUGUCAGGCUUAGCAUACCAAUACUACACUGACUACAUGAAGUACAGGAACGACCAUAAGACUAUGCAAGAAGAGACACAAUCUCUUGCGGAACAGAUCAAACUUGCCCAGCGUAGUCAAUGA